CUUUGCUACAAGUGCCGUGCGGAGGUGCAAGGUUCAACCCCAGGUUCUUUUGAUUGAGCCGCCGGGGGAAAUUGUGGGCUUCAUAUAUAUAUUUCUCUUGGGAAUGGUCCCAGUUCCAGAACUCUUUGCAGGUCAAUUCUGGUAUCUCGUUUCCAGCUUCAACUCCAGCUUGGAACCGAUAACUACUUCGACAUGCGGACUGUCUGGAGUACUCUCUUGCUGCCCUCCCUCCUUACUGGAGCUCAGGGAGCAGCAGUAAAGGUGCCUCGCAGCGGAUACCCACCGAACAUAGAAAUUAUUCGCAACCCCAACUAUCCGCUCGAUCUGGUUGAUAAGCUAGAAGAGGCCACUAUACCUAAGGUUGAGGCAUGGCUGGCUAAGAAGGUCGCUACCGAGACGAACAACAACUGUACGCUAGAAAACGCGGUCGUACGAAGAGAAUGGAGCGACCUUAGCGAGGCUUCAAGACAGGAAUAUGUCGCCGCCGUCAAGUGUUUGAUGAAGUUACCCCCUAAGUCGGACAAGACCAGAUUCCCUGGAGCUCUGAGCCGAUACGAUGACUUCGUCGCGUAUCAUAUGACGCACGCCAUGCAGCUUCACGACAACCUUCAUCUGUUCGGAGCGCACAAGUACUACGUCUGGCUCUUUGAAAAAGCCCUUCGGGAGGAGUGUAACUAUACCGGCUAUCAGCCUUACAUGAACUACGACCGUUAUUCGGAAGACCCGUUCAAUUCCCCUCUACUCAAUGGCAACGCAUCGAGUCUAGGAGGCAACGGCGUCCUGGAACCUACGUACAAGGGCGUCGCGCAGCCCGGACGUAAUCCUAACAUCAUCAAGUCUGGUGGUGGCGGAGGCUGCGUCACCACGGGGCCUUUCUCGGACAUGGUCGUCAGUCUUGGUCCCACCUCGAUGUCGACGGCUACCGGUGUAGCCAAGAACCCAAGGCGCGACGGCACCGGUUCGAACCCGCGCUGCCUACGCCGCGACGUAAAUCCCAAUGCGGCAAUGGGAGCCAAAGCCGACCGUGCGUUCCACCUCAUCACCGAAAACAAGGAGAUGGACGGAUUUUAUAACGAACUAUUGGGAAUGCCACCACCUAGGAACGACCCUUACCCAUGGGGAAUUCACACCGCCGGCCACUACAUCGCAGCUGUAGAUCCAGGCGGUGAUCCCAUGACCUCGCCCGGCGACCCGCUCUUCUACUUCCACCACACCGCGCUCGACCGCCUAUGGUGGAUCUGGCAGAUGCAGGACCCGGAUGCGCGGCUUAACGUCGUCCCAUCCGGUAACAUGUCGAUGCCUAUGGUCAAGAAUCGGCGAGCGGACCCGAUGGACCCGAUGGAGACUGUGGUCGAUAUGGAGUGGCUUGGGCCCCCGAUCAAGCUUAGGGAGACGCACGAUCAGCUCGGCGGAUAUGACGGCCACUUCUGCUACAUUUAUGUCUAGUCGUUAUGUCUAGUCGAGUAGCAGUGCGGGUGGUGCGUUGUUAGGUUAGGAGUGGCUCGGUAUACGUGUUGCUGUAACUGUAGUAGUGAUAGUUGCAGAUAGUGAGCUGAUAUCAAAAUUUCCUAUGCUUGUUUCGCCAUAGUCUUCUUGGUUCGGGA